UCUUCGGCAGCGACGAAUUUUGGCGAUGUCAUCGUUAGAGUUGGCGACAAACUUCAACUUUUUACGAGUUCCUGUCGAGUUUGGCGGAAAUGUGACGGGGAAAUGUUUCCUAGCUGAAAACGGAAGGAACUUGAUUUAAAAUUGGACUAUUGUGACUUCGUAGGCAACAUUUCGGUUUCUGAAAAUCAAAAUAAAGGCCAAAUUUAAUUUUGCGUUCUCUCUAAGACAAAUUGGCUGGCAGACACAAAGUUAGUCUUCAUGACAGAACAAUGAAAUACCGUAAUAGUAAACUCGCUAUUCACUAAAAUGGUCGCUUUCCAUUGGACGAUCUAACGAUUAACGUUUCACUCCGACAGGUCGCCAGCCAAUCAGACAAAAGCGAUGCCAGCAAGGUAUCACAUCAAAUAAAGAGCGACAGGUUUUAUCGGCGACAGACGGCACAAAGUUUGUCGCCAACGCCGCCACUCCAAAACACAAACGUUCGCGGAGCAAACUUUGUGUCCGUAUGAUAACUUCCGAGGAGGUUCGCAACCAAGCCGUUUUGAUGGAGCUGCAAUUUUUUUCGCCUCAAGGACACGAAAAUGGCUGCGAGUGACUCUGCUGAGACAGUGCCGCCGCUUGGAGAGACGACUACCGGUUUGUCACAUGCUAAUGAACUUAAGACACUACGAGAAAAACUUGGAACCAGCGAUAAUCGUGACGAAUCUCACGAACUGAAUGCCGACCGCAGCAUCUCCGUGCAAAUGCCUCCUUUGAAUUCGAGCUCAAACUCGGUGGCGAAGCCUGCCGGUCAUGGCAGCUUUAUCCACUCUGAAAGCUCUAGUUUUAACGUGAAAAUAGAGCCUAGUGAUGCCAGCCAGAAAAAUAUAGCCGGCGAUCCGGCUCGCGGCUUUGACAGUGUUAGCAGCGAAAGGCCAGUCGGAUCUGAUCAAGGACUUGUGACGGAAGAGCCGUUAGAAAUUCAGUGCGGUGAGAAUGCUGCCCUGUUGUACGUGUCUAAAUUGUGCCAAGGAAGCAAAGGACCGUGUAUUUUAUUUCAAAACGACUGGCUUACACCGAAUGAGCUUCAGUACAUCAGCGGACGAGAAACUGCCAAGGACUGGAAAAGAAGUAUUCGCUACAAAGGAAAAUCUCUUAAGAGUUUGAUUGCGCGCGGGUUGAUAAAAGUUCACCCACCUAUAUGUGAUUGUCUGGGCUGCAGAAUCUCGUCACCUGUGAACCGGGGAAGAUUAGCAAGCAAAUGCAGUGUUUCCUCUCCGCCCUCUCCAGCUAGGAAACGCAAGGACUCUUCCAAGCCGGUAUGGAGACAAGAUGGUUACGAACCUGGGUUACAUUUCGUCGGUACCAGACAGGGCUCUUCAUCUGACCUAGAAAACUGCACGAGCGGCCAAGUUCGCAAUGGUGGCGGCGGUUUGAGAGAUUCGCCGGACUCAAACUCGUCCACUGCAUCGGAGUGCUCUGAGCCCUUAGACGACAGCCCUUUUUCGCCCGCAGUCGAGCCUCCGAAACGAGCCCGAAGUUUAUCUCCCCAAAACUUGGGAAAAGUCAACACCAUGAAACGGCGAGCUACAGAUAGGUUCCAGUUUGACCCCAGGAACACGUUCUUCUUCAGAGAUAUCCCUCCGGAAUGGGCAAAUGCCACUGUUGUUGAUAAUUCCAAGCAAGUUAGAAGAGAUCAUACACCUCGCAUUUCUCCCUCGCAAGAAACCGGGGGAUCUCCAGGAGGACCCCAAGGGGGACCUCAAGGUGCCUCAGGGAGAGGAAGUGCUUUCAGGGCGGUCCACCAAGAUGCGUUAAAUUCGCAUAGUGAAAGGGCUGCUGAAAACCAUGUUAACCAGGAUAUACUGACGCGUGAACUUACGGCGCGAGCAGGCUCAAACUCCAAACAACAGCAAAAACCACAAUCAGUCAACUGUCAACCUUUCAUCCCGUUCACUCAAUUACCCAGUCCCUCCCCCCUCGUAAGUCCAUCACACAACUCGCCGAGGUUGUUACCAGACCCCCUGCUUUUGACUUCACCUCACAGCCCUAGCAUUUACCAUCAAGCCCUACGUGGUGGACUGCCGGGAGUCUCAUCUGCCCUUCACCAGAGCUUAAUGCACUACAGACUACUGACACCUCCUACUCAACACAACCCAUUGACGCAGAACAUUCCUUUCCAAUCCUCUUUCAUCCAAGCCAACGCAGCUGCUGCGGCAGCCGCUCGCGCGGGGCUCCAGGGCCUCCCUGUCUCACAUUCAUCAUUGGCAAUGCAUCGAGGGUCCAGAUCUUCAUCGCCCAGGAACACACCGGUGGUCAACGGUCACACGGAAGACAAUAAUUUUGUGACGAAGGCCCGGAUUUCGAACGUGGAGGAGGAGAGACCUGCUCCUGAGGUUUGCGAAAAUAAAAAAGAGGCUGAAAUCGGUAGCGAAAACCGACACUCUCAGGCAUUGAUCGCUGACCGCGAUUGUGUAAUACGAAGAAGUCCCGAAGUUGCUACAGCCUCAGAUGAGAGACAAAGUCCAACAGCUACACCCAAAGCCUCUCCGAACCCUAAAGAAUCGUCACGAGUAUCACCACACAAGCUUGUGCCUCGUUUCCGACCAGAUUUAAACGAGAAUGUACUGGAAUGGACAGUUGAUGACGUUUGUCAGUUCGUCGCUUCGUUGACGGGGUCUGCUGAAAUUGCGCAUGCGUUCAGGGAGGAACACAUUGAUGGACAUUCAUUUGUUUUGAUGCAGGAAGAUCAUUUGUUAACUCGAAUGUCAAUCAGACUUGGACCCGCCCUAAAAAUCAUUGCGCAGAUCAAGAAACUCACUGAGAAUUUAGAAUUGGAAAAUGGCACCUCGAAUUGAAAGCUGAAUAUGCCUUAAAGAUCACGAAGAUCCUAGCCAGAAGAUCUCGUUUUCAAUUCAGGGAAGUGCAGUAGUUUCGCGUGCUUAUAUCCUUGGCUUGACUGUUUGAAGUCAAACAGUAUUCAAUCCGUUUGAAAAGGGAAACUCAGAAUAUAGUGACGCUCCAUUUGAACACGACUUGGAUGAAAAUGUUUGAUCAUUUAAAGUAAAACAAAAAAUCGUGGAAAAGUUCAGCGCCAUUUGUAUGUGCAGCGGUGUAGUUAAAGCCAUAGAAGAGAUUUUUUCGUGGGGAUAAUCUCACGACCCUCGUGGCUGCGCCAUAUGGCAAGGGCGAAGUUCAUUUGUAAUACGUGCCAUAAUUAGACUCUAUUUCCGUCAGUGAUCUCCAUUUCGUCUAGCAAUCGAACCUAAAUUAUUUAAAGACCUCAGACCUCUCAAGGUAGGCGGAUUUAACGCAUUUUCAUUAUCACAUGGUACGUGAGUAACGCCCGUUUUUCAUCGCUAACUUGACCUUUUAUCACAGUUUUACUGACCCAGCGGAAAUCAUGGUCAAGAUUUUAGGAUUUCCGUCAUCUGUCAUCGCGGCUAAAGCGUACGUGCGUACAAAACAAUUAAGCAUUUUUUUUAUCCAAGGAAAAAUGUGGCUGGGAGUAUAUCGAGUGUAAAAAAAUAUCUUUGUUAAGUUUCGACACAGAACCACAAACUCAAAGCAUCUUUUCAAUGGAAGUAAGUUUGUUUUCGAAAUGUGUAUAAACAGGCUUUGGCAUUUUAA